AUGUCUCUAUAUGCACUAGUGUUUGGCAAAGCUUUUCAUCUACCAUUGAAGCUGGAACACAAGACAUAUUGGGCCAAUAAGAAGCUAAACUUCAAUCUCGACGCAACUGGAGAGGCUUAUGAGAACGUCAAAAUUUAUAAGGAGAGAAUGAAGUAUUGGCAUGAUCAACGCAUAAGAAAGUUAAAAUCGCAUCGGCCUGAGCCCUUUGUGAUCAAGGAGAUUUUCCCUAAUGGAGUUGUAGAGUUAACAAAUGAAGAUGGCUUAAACACAUUCAAGGUCAAUGGACAAAGAAUCAAAUCCUAUUAUGAAGGUGAUUUUGACCCCAAAAAAGUCUACAUAGACCUUGGAAAGCCUUAA